AAUUUGACAGCUGACCUGACAAAGCAGUCAAUUGAUUUUUCGAAAAUGUCGUUACCAAACAAGAUUUCUAUGCUUCUGUCCCGGCCCGGGGACAACAAUGCCCAGAAAGAUGACGUUCCCUGGUGGAUGCGAUACGGUGGUCGGAUCCUGGGCACAGUUGGCAGCUUCAUCGCCAUUAUCCUCGGCCUACUGAAUGUGGCUGGAAUCAUCUUGCUGGACGUGCGGUGCCUGAUCGCCGGCAUCUGGCAGAUGCUGGCCGGCUUCGUGGUGAUAGUCGCGGAGGCGCCGUGUUGCUGCUUCUUUAUAGACUACGUCCAGACCCUGUCAGACAAGAUAGAGUCCAGGCCUUAUUGGAAUAAGGCAGCCUUAUAUGUCGGAUUGUCUCUGCCUCCGUUCUUCCUUUGCUUCUUCAGUGUGAGCACAUUCCUCGGCAGCGGCUCCAUCUUCGCUACUGGCAUCAUAUACGGCAUAAUGGCGCUUGGCAAAAAGGCGUCAGUAGAGGACAUGAGGACGUCGGCUGCGAACAUCGAGGCGGGGUUGGGCCAGCCGACGACGACGGCCCCGCGGGCGACCCUCGUCACCAACGAGCAGCCCGCCAGCUUCACCGGCGCGCCCGUCACCUACUGACCGCCACCUCGGUUGGCGCCGUGAGUCUCCUUCAUUGUUAUGCUCUCCUGGUACCAGAUUCUCCCCGUGUAGCUAUAUCGAAAGUUGAAUUUAUUGCGAAAUUAUUUAUUAAUUAUAAAUUUAUACUCACAUUUUUCUUCAAGGUUUGAUUAUGUAAAUUGAUAAAAACAACUGUAUAUAUUUUUUUGUACAUAGAAAAUAUAAAGACCAAUCAAUACAAACAUAAAUAAUGCAUGUUUGUCAUGUGCGAGAAUCGAAAGUGAGACUAUCGGAAUAUGAGGUAAUAUGCAAACCUCUAUACCAAUAUGGUUGUCGAUGUGUUAUGCAAUU